CAACUGCCUUAAGACCUGUACAGAUUUGUGUCUUUUUUGUGAUUUACAUUCACCAGUUAACUAACACUGCUAUCCGCUCCUUUCUUAGUUCCAAUAUCUUCCUCAGCGUUUCCAGCUCAGUAGCCGGCGAUAAGCGCUUCCUUUCUUUCCCUGCUGAGAAGGCACUAUUCAUUAUUCUUCAUGGCAUCGCGCCGCAUCCAUGUCGCUGUCCUCGACACGGACGUGCCUGUUCCACGUGUCUACGCUGCUCGCGGUCUCUACAGCUCCCAAUUCCGAGUUCUUCUCCAAGCUGCUGCCGCACGAUUGAACACGUCUUCCCUCCUCAAGAACGGUCCCGUGGAGAUAGAAACCACAGCAUACGACGCAGUUGGCGGAGUCCUACCGCCUCUAGAACUAUUAAGGAAUAAACCACGCUCAGUCCAGGACGAUGGGGACCGAUCCUUUGGUCCUCUGGGCCCAAUUGAUGCGAUUCUAAUCACCGGAUCGUCUGCCUCGGCGUAUAAUCUGGAAAUGUGUCCGUGGAUCGUACAAUUACAGUCAUUCAUUCAUACCGUGUAUGAGAACUACCCAGAAGUGAAGAUCUUCGGGUCAUGUUUCGGACAUCAGAUCGUGGCCCAGGCGUUGCUUUCAUGGCACAAUCCCCGAUUCGCGGGACGACAAUUAGAGUCUACCUUCGCGGCCGGUUCUGAUAUCACCACGGAGAAAGGCUACGUCUCCGUCGCAGCCUGUCCAUUAGGAUACGAAGUGGGAGUCAUCCCAAUCUCCCUCCGCGAUGAAUUCGUCAACGCAUUCCCGCCCCUCGCGACUCUUCCGGAUAGGAAACUCCGUCUUCAACUCAUCCACGGAGAUCGCGUCAUGGCAUUAUCAGACGAGACGGCGGCUCUUGCAAACCCUACAAAGCCUGAGCCCAAUCUUCCCGCUCCGUGGAUCAAUAUCGGGAGUACAGAAAAAUGUCCCAUCCAGGGCCUCUAUUACCCGGCCCGCAUCCUAACUUACCAAGGUCACUUUGAAUUCGACACUUUCGUCAAUCGCGAGACGUGUAUUGAAUUCGGUCGUCGUGCCGGAUGGCCCGCUGAAGACGUGGCUGCGUUUCUGUAUCAGGUUGGAGACUUGCCGCAAUCGGGCGUGGAGGAUAAUGACGACUCGAAAUUAGCUGCUGAGAUCGUGCUUCUGUUUUUGGCCGGUGAGGAUGGUGGUGCGAACGCGAGGACUUUGGCGGGAGAGAAAGUCGAUGAUGAUGAUGAUGAUGUUCGAGAACGUGUCCUUUCGCCGAACGGUUUGAUUACUCCGCCUUUGUUGGAUGUGCGAUGAUGAUAAUCAAGUAUGGAAUAUGCAGAAUUUGAAUUGAGAUAGGUAUGGCUAUGAUUGUAUAUAUAUGGAGAGGAUCCAAGAAGUGGGAAUUUGACAUCCAUAAGCGCAGCGUGCAUGUGUGCGUUUCAUAUGAGCACAAUCUUUUUUUUUUCUUCUUCUUCAUUCAUCUCCCCAGUCUUACUUACUUUCUUUCAAUGAGAUAGAAUAGAAUAGAUUCGAAUCG